AAUACAAUAGUGUUUGCAUUAUCCGAUGUUUCUAGUUAAAUAGCCCUAACAUUUGCAAUAUCCAUAAUAUUUAUUAUUUCAAUCUACCACCAACUACCCAUGUACUUGUCUAGUUUUUUUCUUUAAUUACUUUAUCUUCUACAUUUUGUCUAUAAUCUCAUACAUGUAUGAUGUAUUUCUCUUUCUUCUAUCCAUAUUCUUAGAUGAUCUUCAUCCUUUGAUCAACAAUAUCAAGUUCAUAAUACACCAAGAUUAUAUCUAUAAAUAUAAAAUGAGGUUUGAUCGAAUAUGGAUGUACAAUAAAAAACCUGAAUGCAUGGAAGAUUAUUUGAAAGGUUUGGAUGAGUUCAUUUCAUUUGCCACAACUCAACUAGGUUAUAUGGAUAGUGAAAAAAUAAGGUGUCCUUGUCGAAAAUGUCGAAUUCAAAAGUUCAUAACGUCUGAUAUGUGCCAUCAACAUUUGAUGAGGCAUGGAUUCAUGGACAACUAUUACACAUGGGCUGCUAAUGGGGAACCUCUUCAAAACUCACAAGUAUACAACUAUCAACGUACACGACCUUCGCUCGGUAACAAUGAAAGAUCAAAUGCUUAUGAGUCAAUGAUAUAUGACAUGGCAUCAAGUUCCCAACCAGAUGUGGGAGAUGAAGGUACUACCAAUUUCACUACACCACAUAUUUUAUCUGAAAGGUUCUGGAAAGCAUUGAAUGCAGCACAUCAACCCAUAUGGCCUGGUCAUGAAAGCGAGAGUAAACUAUCAGCAACGGUAAAACAACUAAAUAUGAAAUCUGAGAACAAUUUGUCUGAUCGUGCUGUAAAUCAAAAUCUGGACUACAUUAGAUCAUUGUUACCCAAAAAUAAUUGUAUGCCAGAUAGUUUUUAUAGCAUGAAGAAAUUGGUUGAAGAUUUGGGUUUGCCCGUGAUAAGAAUCGAUGUAUGUAAAGAUAAUUGCAUGCUUUAUUGGGGUGAAGAUAUUGAUAAACAAUCAUGCAGGUUUUGUAAUCUUUCCCGAUAUAAAGAAGACGUUGUUAAACCGAAGCCCCAUAAACAACUUUUUUACUUACCUCUUGCUCCCAGAUUGCAGAGGUUAUACGCAUCAAAUGUUACAGCCGCUCACAUGACAUGGCAUGGUCGUCAUGUUAACAAACCUGGGAUGAUGUGUCAUCCUUCUGAUGGAGAGGCUUGGAAGUGGUUUGAUCAUCAUUAUCCAAUAUUUGCACUUGAGCAUCGAAAUAUUCGACUCGGCCUUUGUUCUGAUGGAUUCGCUCCUUUCGGCCAGUUUGGAAAAGUAUAUUCAUGCUGGCCAGUAAUUCUAACACCUUAUAAUCUUCCACCAGGCAUGUGUAUGAAGUCACCGUAUAUGUUAAUUUCACUAAUUAUUCCCGGGCCGAAAAGUCCACAAAGAAAUAUUGAUAUUUUUCUUCAACCGUUGAUAGAGGAGUUACAAAUGUUGUGGAAUGUCGGUGUUCCUACCUAUAAUGUCUCCCGGGGUGAAACAUUUAACAUGAAAGCAAUGUUGUUGUGGACUAUUAGUGAUUUUCCUGCUUACGGAAUGUUGUCAGGCUGGAGCACUCAUGGAAUUGAUGGUUGUCCAAUAUGUAUGAAAAAAUCAAAAUCUUUUCGAUUAAAAUAUGGGCGAAAGGCUUGUUAUUUUGAUUGUCAUAGACAAUUUUUGUCGCCGGAGCAUCCUUAUAGAAAUGACACACAACAUUUUACAAAAGACCGCGUGGAAACAACUCUUCACCCCCCUAUAAAAGAUGGCAAUGAAAUAUGGUCGGAAAUUUCACAUUAUAAGCUUGCAAGUGAAACUCCCCAUGAUUACCCUCAUGGAUUUGGCGAUUAUCACAAGUGGACUAAGAGAAGUAUAUUCUGGGAGCUUCCGUAUUGGAAAAAACUUCUCAUUCGACAUAACUUGGAUUUUAUGCAUAUUGAAAAGAAUGUGUUUGAAAAUAUUAUAAACACGGUUAUGAAUGUGAAGGGUAAGACGAAGGAUAAUAUUAAUGCGAGGAAGGAUAUGUUUGUUGUGUGUAAUCGUCCAGAGCUACAUCUUGAUCCUGAUACAAUGUCUCAUAAGCCUAAGAAGGCUUCUUAUACCUUGACGAAGGCAGAAAAUAUCAUAAUUUGCAAAUGGCUCAAGACUUUGAAAUUCCCAGAUGGUUAUGCGUCCAAUUUGUCAAGAUGCGUUGAUACAACCGAAUCUAGGUUGAUUGGAUUCAAAAGUCAUGAUUGUCAUGUGUUUUUGGAAAGGUUAUUGCCAAUUGCAUUCAAACGAUUAUUACCUCAAUUUGUUUGGGGAGUCUUGACUGAUUUAAGUAAUUUCAUGCAUGACCUUAAUUGUUCAAGUCUGAGCUUAGACAAAGUGGAUAACUUACAAUCUCAAAUUCCUAUAAUUUUAUGCAACUUGGAGAAGAUUUUCCCGCCUUCCUUUUUUGAUUCAAUGGAACAUCUACUAAUACACUUACCAUAUGAAGCCAAAAUAGGAGGUCCUGUACAAUACAGAUGGAUGUAUCCCUUCGAGAGGUUUUUGAAGAGUGUGAAGAAUAAGGUGAAAAAUAAAGCUAGGAUUGAAGCAUCCAUAUGCAAUGCCUAUAUUCUUGAAGAAAUAUCAACAUUUGCUUCAUAUUAUUUUGAAUCGAAUGUAAAUUGCAAACAAAGACAACCUCCGAGGAACACCGAAGGGUCAGUGAACAUAAAUGAACAACCAAUUUCAAUUUUCAAUUACUUAGGACGUGGAAGUGGUGGUUCAAAGAGAUUUCUAACUAGCAAAGAAACAUUAGUGGCUCACACGUAUGUCCUACUAAAUUGUCCGGAGGUGGAUUCAUAUUAUAGAACUUUUUGCACCAUGAAUGUUGGAGUCGAUCUUGAAGAAAUAGAUUGUCAAUUCUCAUCAUGGUUUCGGUCAAAGGUUUUACAAGAUCAAAGGGGGGUUAUUGAUAAAGAACUAUCUUAUUUCAUAUCAUUUGGUCCCAAGACUCCAACAACUAGAUAUUCAACAUACUUCAUUAAUGGUUAUGUGUGGAGGGCUGGUGAUUACGGAUCUAAUAAAUCAACCAUGAAUAGUGGUAUUUGCGUUCAUGCAAAUGAUUCUGAUUAUUAUGGGCUUUUGGAGGAGAUUAUUGAAUUAGAAUAUCCUGGUCCAUGCUUACAUGUAGUUCUAUUCAAAUGUUUAUGGUUUGAUCAUAUUAGAGGUACUAGAGUUAAUGACACAUAUAGACUGAUUGAGGUGAACAUGAAUCGUACAUAUACUAAAUACGAUCCAUUUGUUCUUGCUCAACAAGCUAUACAAGUGUACUAUUCGAACUAUCCAACCCCAACGAAUGAUCGUAAUUCAUCAUGGAUGGCUGUUUGUAAAACAAAAGCAAGAGCAAAGAUAGAGGACAUAUGGACAAAUGAAGUGGUGUAUCAAAAUGAGUAUCCUACCAUAGAAUUGUAUAUUCCCCUAAAUAUUCCCUUGUAUGAUGUCAAUGAUUUGAGUGAUCCAAAUGUUUUAAAUGGUGAGUUAGAUGGAUUAGAGGAAACUGGAUUACAUGGAAGUGGUGCAGAGGGAAGUGAAGAUCGAGAAAGUGAUUCAGAUAUAAGUACAAAUGGAGAAGUUGAAGAUAGAGGAGACGAAGAACAAUCAGGAGAUGACAUAUUUUAAUGUUGUUGUUUGAAAACUAAUGUUGAUGUACUUACAUAUUUUAAUGUUGUUGUUUCAAAACUAAUACUUAUGUACUUGCAUAUUUUAAUGUUGUUGUUUAACAUAAUAUGUAUGGUAUAUUGAAUAUAUGCUGGAUUAUUUGAAUGUAUGCUGGAUUAUUUGAAUAUCAUUGGAUCUGCAAUAUUCAGUGCAAUAUCUUUUUAGUUAGUACAUUGCGAAGAUUAUUGCAAUAUAGCGGUCAUUCUUGUUUAAUGCGUAAAUCGUUGCAGCACAAAUUUGCUUAAAUCUACCCGAGAGCAAAAAAAUUAAUUACUAAAAAUGCCAUUGGAUUUGCAAUAUUCAAUACAAUAUCUUUUCAGUUAGUACAUUGCGAAGAUUAUUGCAAUAUAGCGGUCAUUCUUGUUCAAUGCGUAAAUCGUUGCAGCGCAAAUUUGCUUAAAUCUACCCGAGAGCAAAAAAAUAAUUACUAAAAAUGCCAUUGAAUAUGCAAUAUUUAGUGCAAUAUCUUUUCAGUUAGUACAUUGCGAAGAUUAUUGCAAUAUAGCGGUCAUUCUUGUUUAAUGCGUAAAUCAUUGCAGCACAAAUUUGCUUAAAUCUACCCGAGAGCAAAAAAUUUAAUUACUGAAAAUGCCAUUGGAUCUGCAAUAUUCAUUACAAUAUAUUUUCAAUUAAUAUAUUGCAUAAAUAGUUGCAUAUCCUUCAGUCCAAAAUUAUAUUGCACUAUUAAUAUUUAUUGCAUAAAUAGUUGCAGUUUAAUUAACUUGUAAAAAUUUCAUGUGCCCGCGUGAAAAUUCAUUUUGCGCCAAAAACCAAAGAAAAGAACCAGGGAACUGAAAAGUCAUUCAUUUCCCCCAAAUAUUUUCUCUCUCCCCUUUUCUUCCUAAACCCUACGAAUCUUCCUAAGCCUUCUACCGUCCACCAUUUCUAGCUCUGUUUUCAGUUUGAUUUUUCUUCAUCGUCUACAAAAUCACGGAAGGAUACAUUUGAAAUCGCAGACGAUGAGGUGAAUGUUUCCUCCAUUGAAGUUACGAAGCCCUAUUCAAACGCCGCAAAACUUGACUGAUACUUCACAGCAACGGUGAAGCACGACUCAGUUCGGUUCCGAUUGAAGUUCCUCGCCGCCAUUCUAGAUUAUCAACCAAAAUGGGUAGACAAGCUAAAAGACGACAAGAAUUAAGCGAUAAUGAAAAUAUUG